GUCACCUCUCAGUUUGCAGGUUUGAGAAUAGUGUGGGGGAAUUUUCACCAACUCCUCCUACACACAGGAAAGACUUAUUUAUGACACAAUUUCAUCCCUGCUUCAGAACAACUCAACACUUCACCCGUCAGAGAUUCUGCACCAGUUUGGCAACAAAGACACUAUGGCAACAUCAGACGGGUUUCCAGCCAGUUUCUAUGGUGAACCAGGAGUGCUGGGCAUGUUAUCCAAUGGGAUCAGUGCAUUCCUUGUACUUCUGCAGAACUUCAAUACAGCUCGUACUGGCAGUGCACCAGUAGGAGUGGAGAACAUACUUGCAGGUGUCCAUCUCAUCCUGAUUGGUGGUAUUUGCCAGUUGGUGGCUGGACUGCUUUCCUUCAGAAAAUAUGAUCAUCUGAGUGGCACUGCCUUCAUUGGCUAUGCUGCUCUUUGGGGCAGUUAUGGUGCCACUCGAAUCUACCUUGGUGCCUUGGCUGAAACUCCUACAACAGCACCUCUAGCACAUGAGAUGAUGAGCAAUUUGUCCCUGUACACUAACAUGAUGAGCAACAUGUCUCAAAAUGCCACCACUGAGAUCACAGUGUGCAAUUUAUGCCUGUCCAUCAAAGAGUCAGCAAUUGCUGGUCUGGUCCCCUAUAUCCUCCUGUCCUUCCUCCUAGCCUUCUGCUCUGCCACAGUCAACUACAUUAUGCCUUUUGUUUUUGGGGCCAUCACUGCCACCUUAAUUUUUGAAGCAGUGGCUCUGGUAGCUAGCUCCUGGGCUCUCGUGGUCUCUGGGGUUCUUGAGUUGCUCAUUCUAAUUUUUGCCAUCUAUGGUUCAGCUGCAUUGCUCCUCAAAGGUUUGACUCAACGUCUAGUCCUCAAAGGCUUUGGUACCCCUCUCUUCAAUGUUCUCCUGCUAGGGACUGCUAAUUCAGCAAGUGCCCAGAGCAUUGGCCAAGAGAAGAAGAAAAACACAAAAUAUGCAGAGCCCAUGGCCUUGGGUUUCUUCUGUGACACUGUUGCCCCAUUUGUCUUUGCUUUCUACAGUUUCAGGUAUAUGCAGUCCUUUGGCUUAGGAGCCACAUGGGUCUCAAUUAUCUCAGUUGCCCAGCUGUUCUCAAGCUAUUACGCCCAUCUGCGCCAAGAUUGCUACCACACCACUAAGUUUGGUCUUCAUGCUACAUAUUGGCUGAUCAAGGCUUGGGAUGAGUUUGUGGUGUCGGCUCUGAUUGUUGAGGACAGUAAAGUGGUCUCAGGGAGGGAAUCAAUGGUAGGGAACUGGUUUUUUGUGGUGGCAGGCUUGGUGCUCUGCGUGGGAAGCCUGAACAUGGAUGUCCUGGAACUGAUCCACAACAUGCUCUUUGUCCUGCUCACAGUCUCAACAAUCCCCCAGAUCCCUCUCCAGGGUUACUACAUCUUCUUUGGUGUAGCUUGCUCCCUAUUCACAGCAGCCUCCCUGUAUGGUACCUUCUCACGUCUCAUCAACACCAUAGCAGAAAAGUCUCUCAUCCCUGUAGGCCCACAGCCCAUCUCCACUGAACAGCUACAGAAAGCUUUCAAGUGCAGCAGGUCUAAACAGGGAGGCCAGGAGGUGCUGUCCCAAGCAGACCAGGCUUCAGACGCCCUGUUCUACUUUUUAAAUGGGGUUGCAGCUCUCUCAGCCCUCCAUGCAAGUGUGUCAAGCACAAAUCCCUCCUUCCUCCAUCUGACUGUCCCAUGGGUCUUCAUCUCUGGAGCCAUCAUCCAGGUCUAUGUCAGUCGGCUACAAGUUACAGGAGGUGGCCGUUUUGGAUCAGUCAUCUCAUCCAAUUAUGCAGCAGUGUGGGCAACCUGGACCUGGUUUAGGUUUGCAGGUAAUCUGCUACAACUUUCCACACAGGCAUUCUACAGCUUUACAGCAGGAGCCAUUGCUUUUCUUGUAAUUAAUGCUUUCCUCAUGCUGAUAGCUGCCUACAGGAACCUAGUUUUGCUGUUUCUAACAACAGUCAUGGAGGUUGUUCUGGUCUGUUUCCUGUUGUCCACUCUGCAACGACUACCAUACGAACUAGAGAUGGCCAUGCUUGCACUGCUUUCAAUAAUUUGCACAUAUGGAGCUCUGGCAUCACUGGUCAACUGCAUCUUCUCACAGAGACUGCUGCCUAUGGGCCAUCCCUUAAUAAAGGAGAAAGUGAAGCAGGAGUCAGCUCCAGAGCUGCCCUGUCCUGUUGCUAAUUCACGACUCACCAGUGGUCUCCUAAAGAUCGCUGGGCUUCUGGAGGAAGGUGGAGUAUGUGGUAUUCCCACAGACACGGUCUAUGCCCUGGCGGCCUCCUGCAAGAAUCCUCAGGCUAUAGAGAAAAUCUACAACAUUAAAGACAGACCAGCAGAGAAGCCCAUCUGUAUCUGCAUCUCCAGUGUGGAGCAGCUCGUGGCAGCCAACCCGCCCUUCAGUCCACUGCUCUGGGAGUUCAUGAGGAAUGUGUAUCCUGGAGGCAUCAGCUGCAUUGUCAGCAAAGGCGAAUGGCUGUUCAAACUAGGAGUGGGACCAGCUUAUGACCGUGUUGGCACCAAGGACAGCAUCAUGAUCCGCGUCCCUGACCACACUGUGACUGGCCACCUAUGUGACAUCACUGGGCCACUUGCCAUUACCUCAGCCAAUCCCAGUGGAGAGCCAGACAGUACCCACCACAGCAUGGUCAUCAAUCGUCUAGGACAGAAGAUCCAAGGAGUUCUGUGUGAUGGAGACUCUAAUGAAUUUGUUGCUUCUACUGUGGUCAACUGCCUGAAGAUUGAUGAAGGGACCAUCACCAUUGUGAGGGAAGGGUGUGUCCCUGCAGUAAAGGUCCUACAGAUCUUUGACAGAGUGAAAAGCACCAUGGUGUGAUCAUCAUGUACCUCAUCAUCACUACAACAUUUUUAGGUUUUUGCUCCCACUUUAUACAUUCAACAAUCUCAGAGACAUUGUGGAGAAAAGUGAAAAAUGGAGUAGAGCUACUUACUUAUAUGUAACUGUGGAUGUCUUGGCAAAUGUCAAAGUGAAAUAUCCAUUUCUAGCUCACAAUGCCCUUAAUAAACACUUUAAAUUAUCAGAAAAUAAUUUAUUUGACGUGAAGAAUCUUCAAGACUUAAUGAAGACAAUGUCUCUCAGCUGUAUGAUUCUGGAACAAACUGUAAUAACUUUGAUAUUUAUGUUUGCUUAAACAGUAUAAAUAUAUGUUUUAUACUGUUAUUACUUUAACUUUUAUUUAUAACUGAAAUUAUACAGUAUGUUGACAUUAAUUUCACACUUUUAAUACACUUCUAAUAUUAAGGUAGGAACAGAAAGCUCAUAUUUUCUCAUGUUACUGUGUGUAUUUAAGCUCAUUGUGAGUUCUUGUACUGAAUAAUUCUGUGGAAAUAAACUGUGACCAUUGUUGUGUAA